CGUGGAUCAUUUCAUCAAGCUCCACAGCGUUCCGCUUGCCAGGUGUCGAAUAGGCAUUCCUUAGAGGGUGGAUCAAAAGCGAUCUUUGUUGCGCUGCCAGGCCGCACACUCGAGCUAUCGCGAUACGCGAACGUGUGUCGUCUGUCCACCGAGGAGUCGGUUGGAGCGACUCGGUGCCGGGCUGUCACUCGACAGAGAGCAGCACGCCUCCAAAGAGUGAAGUUUCGAUUGUGCAAUAUGGCAACGCAAACCGUCUCAGAGGUGAUGUCUGAAGUUGAGACUAAAGCGCGAAUUGUGCCGCGGAGAAAGCUAACGCGGAUCAUGGGGGUGGAAUUCGCGCCCAUAAACACUCCUCUGGAACGUCGCCUUCAGACAUUCUCAGCUGCCUCCAUGAGUUUCUCGUUCCUGUUCGCCGGUCUUGGAGGGAUCCUUCUGAGCGUGUAUCUAUUCUUCUUCACGAGUUAUUAUUUGAUACCACUCAUAUACAUGGUCUGGUACGUUUACGACAUAGACACUUGUGAGCGCGGCGGAAGGCGAUGGCAACGACUCCGGAAGCUCCGAGUGUGGAGAUACAUGAGGGACUACUUCCCGCUUCGUCUGGUGAAAACUGCCGAACUUCCAGCGGACAGGAAUUAUAUCAUAGGGUACCAUCCUCACGGUAUCAUGAGCUUCGGCGCAGUCGUUAACUUCGCAACCGAAGGAACCAAGUUCAGUGAGGUUUUCCCAGGCAUCGUCACCCAUCCUCUGACGCUCCGCAUGAACUUCCUUUUCCCCUUCUAUCGAGAACUGCCGCUCCUCUAUGGGAUCUGUUGCGUCUCUCAGAAAUCCAUCGAGUGGAUCCUGAACAGGAAGGGCAAGGGAAAUGCUGCGGUCAUCGUAAUCGGUGGGGCUCAGGAGGCGCUGGACGCUCAUCGUGGCGACGAUUACCAUCUGACUCUGAAGCAUCGGAAAGGAUUCGCGCGGGUCGCUUUGCAGAACGGGGCUGACCUGGUCCCCGUGUUUUCUUUCGGCGAAAACGACAUAUUCACUCAGGUCGAGAACCCUCGCGGCUCGAAAUUACGCAUGUUUCAAGAGUUUGUUAAGAGGCUUGUCGGUGUUUCUCCAGCUCUUUUCCAUGGGAGAGGUGUCUUUCAGUACACGUGGGGAUACGUGCCCUUCAGAUCGCCAAUAACAACCGUGGUCGGAGCACCGAUCCGCGUCGAGCGUGUGGCCAAUCCAAGCCGAGAACAAGUGGACGAGCUCCAUGGGAGAUACGUCGAGCAGCUCCGCGAGAUAUUCGAAACGCAUAAACAUCGAUGCGGCGAAUCGCACAAAAAGCUCCUGAUAGAUUAAUUGGCUCGAAACUCGCCAUAUUCGAGCCGCCCUCGCGGCAUGAACAAUAUCGUCACGAGCAGACGGAGACAAUGACAUCAAAUGCGAAAAACCCGGAUGAUCAUGGGAAGAAUCGCUCUGCAAAUGCUCGAAGGGGAAAAAACAGUGAAACCUCCUUGAGACGAGUCACUUGGAGACCGAAAGUUUCGCGGGAAUUCUACUGUUUCGCUCUGUUGAGGGUCAUUCAGCGCCGGCGCUACGGAUCCCUGAUCGAAAAGACUGCUGAAGAGUACCUGUUCCCAAAACCGAGUUUCGACUUGUACCCGGUCUCGCUGGCGGAAUUCACUGUACAAUCGUUCGUCACGUUUCGGAGCGCGUCGUAACUGAAGUGUAAAUAAAUCGUGUCUUCUGAAGUCGAAAGGCAACGGCCUUGACAGGAUGGUGGCAUCUAGAAAAAA